CGGAGCCUAACAACAUCACUGUGCUCGGUUGCUUCACACGUCUGCUCCACCCCGCCACUCACCAAUUUCAGCAUUGACCACUGUCUCCCCAGUUCGACAAUGGCUGGCCUCUUCGCUUCUUCCCCUCACCCAUGUAUCUUCUACCCCGUUCACAAAACCCCCCGCCUCCUUCUUCCCCCUUCUCUAAAUCUUUCCUUCCAACGGAACCCUAAACUUUCCCGCUUCCCCCCUCCCUCCGCUGGAAAAGCCAGACGGAUACGGAUCGAUCGUUCCUCUGGCGGAGACGACGAAGAGCCCUCCCCUCUCUCGCGCCUUUCAGGCUUUACCGACGAGUGGGGCGAGAGAACCGAGCCGGAGGUGGAACCCAUCGCAGAAGCCGAUCCGCCCAAAAACGACGAUGAGUGGGGGAGUGAGGCGGCCUCAGGAGGUGGCUCGCUAGUGGCCCCAGUGAUCACUGAUGAAUGGGGUGAGAAGGCGGAGCUAGAGCCGGAGGAGCCGGCGAAGCCUGAUCCGCCGGUGGAUGAUGAUGAGUGGGGUAACGGAACCCCGAGGCCAGACGAUAAGCUCGGGGACUUGAAGAGAUGCUUGAUUGAUACGUUUUACGGGACGGAGUUGGGGUUUAGGGCCAGUGCGGAGGUUAGGGGGGAGAUUGUUGAGCUCGUGAGUCAGUUGGAGGCGCAGAAUCCGACGCCUGCACCCAUUGAGUCGCCGGAGCUUCUUGAUGGAAACUGGAUUCUUUUGU